AUGUGUCGGCUGCCAGUGGCCUCACUCAUCAUUUGCUUCUGGUUGGUGGAGAGAAGCUACUGCAACAACAGCCUUCAGGACAGCAUGAGGGAGCUGCACACCAGGUUCGCCAUCAGCCUCUACCGGACUCUCACAGAGACGGAGGACAACUCCAACUUGAUCGUGUCGCCAGUUAGCGUCUCCUUGUCUCUCGCGCUCCUGCAGCUUGGCGCCAGGGGCAACACACUUGCUCAGCUGGAGGGAACACUGGGCUACAAUGUGAAUGAUGCCCACGUACAAGACUUCCUGUCGCACUCCCAGGCCAACAUGAACAACAACAGCCAGGGGAUGUGGCUGCAGCAGACCUGCACAUUAUUCAUCCAGAGUGGUGUUCAGCUCCUGCCUGGGUUCACACAGCUUGCAUCAGAGUGGGCCAACACCAGCGUGGUCCGAGCCAACUUCAGCCAGCCCAAUCAAACCCACAGCCAACCGGAGCGAGCGGGACACCAGCAAGAUGAGUCAUGGCAUCUCCUGGCAGGAAGCGUCAGCGGUGAGCUGUCAGGCUCGGGCGAGGCCCAAGCAGAGGCUCUGUGGUGGGGACACCGGCCGCAGGUGGCCCUGGUCAACACAGUGGCCUUCAAGGGCGUCUGGCAGAAGCAGUUCAUGUUCACCAACACCCAGAAUCUGCCGUUUGUGCUCUCAGAUGGGAAUGUGAUCAAGGUGCCCAUGAUGUAUCAGGCUGCAGAGGUCAGCUUUGGUCAAUUCAGGACAGCGUCAGAACAGCGCUACACCGUGUUGCAGCUGCCGUACCUGGGCCGCUCCCUGAGUCUGCAGGUGGUCCUUCCCAGCGAGAGGAAGACUCCGCUGUCCUCCCUCGAGGCCCAGCUCACCGCACGCCAGCUGGCAUCCUGGGACGGCGGCCUGCGGAGAACCAAAAUGGACAUCUUCCUGCCGAGAUUUAAAAUGCAGAACAAAUUCAACCUGAGGUCGGUGCUUCCUGCUCUGGGCGUCAGUGACGCUUUUAACCCGACAGCAGCUGACUUCACUGGAGUAUCAGCAGAGGAGGGUCUUUAUGUGUCUGAUGCCUUCCAUGAAGUAAGAAUAGAAGUCACAGAGGAUGGAACAAAGGCAGCUGCUGCUACCGCUAUGGUGCUACUCAAAAGAUCCCGCGCUCCCGUUUUCAAGGCGGACCGACCCUUCUUAUUUCUGCUUCGACACAUUAAAACAGGAUCCAUCCUCUUCAUGGGCCGAGUAAUGAACCCAGCAGACCAAGCAUCCUGAAAGCGUCCAACCUAAACGCCACUCACAUUCACCUCCACAGCAGCCCAUUUCACUACUGGUAUUUAUUUGUGGACCAAACGGAGGCUCCACAGACACGUCAGGAAG